GUUCCGGGUUCCGCGAGGGCGCGGGGGUCCAGCGAGCCGGGCCGCCAGUGCGGCGGGGAGCAGCGCCAUGGAGAAGCUGCGGCGGGUCCUGAGCGGCCAGGACGACGAGGAGCAGGGCCUGACGGCGCAGGUCCUGGACGCCUCAUCCCUCAGCUUCAACACCAGGCUGAAGUGGUUCGCCAUCUGCUUCGUAUGCGGCAUUUUCUUCUCUGUCCUGGGGACCGGAUUGCUGUGGCUUCCUGGUGGCAUAAAGCUGUUUGCGGUGUUUUAUACCUUUGGAAAUCUCGCUGCGCUCGCCAGUACCUGCUUUCUAAUGGGACCCGUGAAGCAGCUGAAGAAGAUGUUUGAGACAACAAGAUUGCUCGCAACAAUUAUUAUGCUUCUCUGUUUCAUAUUGACCCUGUGCGCUGCUCUUUGGUGGCACAAGAAGGGCCUGGCCUUAUUAUUCUGCAUACUGCAGUUCUUGUCCAUGACCUGGUACAGCCUGUCCUACAUCCCAUAUGCAAGGGAUGCUGUAAUUAAAUGCUGUUCUUCUCUCUUAAGCUGAAAAUCAGUGACUCUUCGAAGAAAGCAUUGGAGAGUCGCUGUUCGGUUCACUUCCCCAAACAGCUGCUUCGACAGGUGAAGACCAUUCUGUGUACUGGUUUGAUUCAACUGUUAAAUGUAACGUGAAAGUCAUUACGUGUCAUUAACGUGUUCUUCCCCCAAAUAAGGCGUUUUUAAUCAUUGCCGCUGUAAAUGAUUUUUAGUGAGUUUUUUAAUCCUUUCUAAGUAGCAUUUAAGAUGUGAAUAUUUAAGGAUAAACCUAUGCUCCAAGCUUUUUUGGCUCUUUAAAAAUGCCUACAUUUUUCUUUUUUUUAAUUUUUAAAUGUGAAAGUUUUUACUUUAAACUAAGAACUGCUUAUUAUAUGUAAUAAAAAAUAAUAUAUAAAUCUUUACAAUUUUGAAAUAAACCCACACUUGGAAAAAUUGUA